CCUAAAUAGCUCUCCUCCAAAACCAUACAUCUGCAGAAUCUGUUUCUCUAUACUCAUACCCCUUUUGCUUUUGUGCUGCAACUUUAAUUUAAUAAAAAUAAUGAAGAACAAGAAUCAGAAGAGGAAAGCAAGGAAAGAGGGGAAGACUUUUUCUAUAAACCAAGACUCCUUCUUCACAGACUACAAGAAGCGGCGGAAGUCCGAUUACGACGACGAUGAUGACAUCGACUCGGGGGACUCUGAGGAGGAAAUGGAGGUUCCUGGAGGUUCUUACGCUGGUAUUGAGGAAGACAAUGAGGGUAUAGAGGAGACUGCGGAUGAGAGGCGGAAGAGGAUUGCGGCGCAGUAUCUGGAGAAGAUUCGGGAAAUAGCCAAGAGGGAAAGGGAAGAGGAGGAAGAGCAUGAAGAUGAAAGGGAGAGUGAAAAGGAAGGAGAAAGGGAUACCCUUGUCGCGAAGAUUUUGCAGCAGGAGCAGCUAGAAGAGAGUGGAAGGGUUAGAAGAGUCAUUGCCUCCAGGGUUAAAAGGCCAGAACCUUCUGAUGAAUUUCGAGUUUUGGUGAAACAUCGGCAAUCUGUCACUGCUGUAGCUUUAUCUGAGGAUGACUUGAAGGGCUUUUCAGCAUCCAAAGAUGGGACUAUUCUACAUUGGGAUGUAGAAAGUGGGAAAAGUGAAAAGUACCAAUGGCCUAGUGAGGAAGUUCUGAGAACACAAGGAGUCAAGGAUCCACAAGGUCGAGCUACAAAGCACAGCAAACAAGUUUUAGCAUUAGCUGUUAGCUCUGACGGUCGAUAUUUGGCAACUGGUGGUUUAGAUCGCCAUGUUCAUCUGUGGGACACUCGCACUCGAGACCAUUUACAGGCCUUUCCAGGUCAUAGAGGACCUGUGUCAUGUUUAACUUUCAGGCUAGGAAGCACUGAACUCUUUUCUGGAUCAUUUGAUCGAACAGUCAAGAUAUGGAAUGUUGAAGAUAGAGCUUAUAUUAACACACUGUAUGGACAUCAAAGUGAGGUAUUAACCAUUGAUUGCCUACGGAAGGAACGGGUACUGACCGUUGGCCGUGAUCGAACCAUGCAAUUGUUUAAGGUCCCUGAGGAGUCACGGUUAGUAUUUCGUGCUCCAGCAUCAUCUUUGGAAUGUUGCUGCUUUAUUAACAAUGAUGAAUUCUUAUCUGGCUCGGAUGAUGGAAGUGUUGAACUUUGGACCAUAUUAAAAAAGAAGCCUCUACACAUCAUUAAGAAUGCUCAUGCUUUGCUGCCUGCCCUUAAGAAAGUUCAAGAUAGAGAUGAUGAGAUAAUUCCAGAAGGCAACAUAGAAAAUGGGGAUCAUCUCCCCAAAAGUUGUAACAGGUCAACAACAUAUUCAUGGGUCAGUUCAGUUACUUUAUGUAGGGGCAGUGAUCUGGCUGCAUCAGGAGCUGGUAAUGGUUGUGUCCGAUUGUGGGCCCUUGAUAGUGAGAGCAAAGGCAUUCGGCCCUUGUAUGACCUUCCAUUGGUUGGAUUUGCAAAUUCCCUAGCUUUUGCCAAAUCUGGACAGUUGAUCAUUGCUGGAGUUGGUCAGGAACCUCGUCUAGGAAGAUGGGGACGGCAUCCAGCUGCCCGAAAUGGGGUUGCAAUACAUCGCCUUAAGCUAUCAUGAAUCUCAGGCCAGACUAAUGGUUUUGUACCUGCCUGUUCAGUUUUGAAUGGCGUGAGCUGAGAAAUUUUUGAGAAAAGAAAAAUCUGUUUGUUAUUUUUGAUCGGUUCUCCCUUCAGCCAUUUUUGCUUCCUUUCAUAUAUAUAAAAUAUAUUUAUUAUUAUUAUUAUUAUUUUUGUCUGAAGAGAGAAUAGGACAUGUAUGUCUUUUUUUUCUUCUUCUUCUUCUUCCUUUUUUUUUUUUUUCUUUGAUGUUGUAUUUCUUCUUGUUACUACUGAGGCAAUGUUAA